AUGAAUGGACAUAAUGAUGGCAGUAACAAGAGAUUCACAGCAGAAGACGAACCAUCGCGCAACAAGAGAAUCAAGAAUAGCCCAUCGUCCAGAGAAAUACCCAACUUGCCCUCUCAGCAUUUAUUGUUGGAAAAGAUCAAACACAAGUACGCUACAUCCAGCAACACAAGUAUCAAAGUAGCUAAAAAGUGGUAUGCAGCCUGGGAAGGUUACUGUUUGCAACUGUUCCCAUUGCACCCGCCUCCUAUGUAUUUGGCAAAUGAUGAUGAUAACCCGGAUGAUUACGUUCUACUACCUCCAAGAGCUGUGCAUUACCUUCGAAGUUGGUAUGGAGGAACAGAUCAAGUGAUGGGGUUAGAUCUCAAUACAGCAACCCAUCGAGCACCUAGCACGCCUACGACGACGUCUGAAAGAAAGAAACAACACUCUCGACAUCCACCAUCACCACAAAGACGCAGUUACACUGCCUUUUCAGACAAUGAAACUGACAACGAUGACCGUAAGCACCCACAGCUUCAAUUUAAAGUAUAUAUCCUUGAUAAAGCUGUUGGUGCAUGCAACUAUUCUUUUACUAUAUCAGCAAAUGCAACAGUAUCCGAUUUCCAGUCGGCUCUCCUAAAAGCCCUGAAUAUGCGUCCUUCUUCAGGAACAGUACCUAUUUCAGAUUUAUGGCUCUUGAAUCAUGAAAACACACACUUUUUAAACACAUUGAACACUAAAACAUCAUUCAUUCUCAAGAAGGGUUUAAUGGAAAACUCGGAUCGAUAUGCUCAAAAGAUUGAUUCCUCAUCCAUUGCAUCUGAUUCAACCAUUUCAUCCUGUUUGUCUCGCUUGUCAGCAACAAUAACAAACAACACCAGUAGCAAUCCAAAAAACACCUAUCUGUUGGCAGUAGAAUUGGCGAGAAAUAGAUCCAUUCGAUCGCCUGUACAGUCGUCCCAACCGUCUCUAUUUACUGCGAGAGCCAGAACAGCAGCAUCUUUCACUCAACACACAUUGGGAUUACAUGGACUACAGAAUCUGGGAAAUACGUGCUAUAUGAAUUCAGCAUUGCAGUGUCUCAGCAACACACCUCAACUGACCCGUUAUUUUAUGAGUAGGAAGGACAAUGUGUAUAGAGGUGAUGUUACUGAUAAUGAGAUUUUAGGCGGGGAGUAUCGUCAAAACAUCAACAGAUCGAAUGCGUUGGGUCUGGAUGGAGAUUUGGCCGAGGCAUAUGCUAAAUUAUUAAGGGACAUCUGGACACCUAGCACCAGCUUCAGCUCAAAAAGAGUGGGAGCGAUAUCUCCCGAGAACUUCAAGAGUACGUUUGAGAGAUUCAAUCCACAUUUCAUUGGAUAUUUGCAACAAGACUCUCAAGAGUUGCUGGGAUUCUUGCUCGAUGGACUGCACGAGGACCUGAACAGAGUGCUGGAUAAGCCCUAUAUCGAGAUUCCAGACUUUGAUGACCAUAUCAAGGACGAGGAGAUUGCAGAUAAGUUCUGGAGCUAUCACAAGUCGAGAAAUGACUCCAUCAUUGUGGAUAUGUUUCAGGGACAGUACAAGAGUCGACUUGUCUGUGGAGAAUGUAAAAAGGUGUCAAUCACAUUUGAUCCAUUCAUGUAUAUAUCCUUGCCACUCCCAGUCGACAAGGGUGAAAUUAAUGUUGUCUACGUGCCUUAUCUGCCUUCGCAAAGGCAGCUUGCCAUCAAGAUUCAGUUGGAAAGAGAGGCUACUAUCAAAGAACUCAAGCAGCAGUUGCUGGUAGUGGAAAUCUGCUUUCAAAAAAUCCAUAGAAUAUUUAGAGAUAGAGAUCUCAUUCGGUCCAUCAGACCAUUCGAUACUAUCCACGUGUAUGAGCUUCCAUGUCCCUCCACCGAGCAAGACAAUGAAGAUUGGAUCGUGUUUCCCGUUUACUGCUCAACAACGCUUGACCAGCAGAACCCUCUUUCUGCUGUUUCAUCCAUUCCUCAAUUUGGCCUUCCUAUCGUGCUUGCUAUUGAAGCUAAAAAGUUAGAAAAUUCAUCCUACUUAUACAACAUCAUUGUCAGCCAUAUGGAGCGAUACUGUAUACUCAAGCUAUUUGAAGAAGACAGAUCACCCUCUUCAUUGCCUUCUGUAUCUGACGCAGCUACAAGAGACCCAAGCACAUCACCAUUCGUGCAACAACCCAUCCAUACCACUGCUGUUGUUAUCCCUGCGGGUGGUCGUCCCAUGGUGCCUAUGCCCAAUUUGUUCAAAAUUCGCAUCUUUGAGUACAAAAACACUCCAGACUUCUUUACAUUUCCAGUUGGUGAAAGUCAAAUCCGCUGGUACGAUAAUGCACAAGAUUCAUUGAAGCAAGGUCGCGGUGUGCUCAUUGAAUGGACUGCAGUUAAGGCACGGCAAUUCUUUGGCACAGAAGCAUCCACCGACGAGAUUAACCAAGAAGCCUGGUACGAUCACGACCAAGAUGAACAGAGCGCAAAUACCGAGGAUAACGCAAUCAGCGGUUACAAAACUCGAUACGGCAACAGCAGCAAUAGAGACUCCUGUGUAAUUACGCUCAAUGAUUGUCUUGACGAGUUCACAGGGGAUGAACAUCUCGAUGACCAAGAUUCUUGGUACUGCCCUCGUUGUAAGAAACAUCAACGCGCUUUGAAAAAAAUGGAUAUUUGGAAACUGCCAGAGAUUAUGGUUGUACAUUUGAAGCGAUUUAGUCAAGCCAGACAUUGGGGCAACAAGGUGAACACCAUGAUUGAUUUUCCACUCAAAGAGCUGGAUAUGACAGACCGAGUAUUAGGCCAUCAGGACGAGAGUUUGAUCUAUGACUUGUAUGCCGUGGACAAUCAUUACGGAGGCAUGGGUGGUGGUCAUUAUACGGCCUUUGCUCAGAAUAUAGACAGCGGGCAGUGGUAUGACUUUAAUGACUCUAGUGUAACUGCAAUGUCAGACAAGGAUGUCAAGACGAGUGCUGCUUACUUGUUGUUUUACAAGAGAAGAGCAUAG